UAUAGUUGUGUGUGUGUGUGUGUGUUUGUUCGUUCGAGAGAGUGGAAAAGAGAAGAAAAAGAAAAAAAAUACUAUAGAAUCGUGUAUCGAACGAAAGAAACUGUUCUUGGAAACCAAUCAUCAUCAUCAUCAUCCUCAUCCUCAUCAUCAUCAACAAUAUUAUUCGUGUUAUUUACGGCGGUCGAACUUUGAUUUUUGGAUCAUUGCAUCAUAUUUUUGACAUAUUACGGUUACAACAACAAAACAUCAUUUACAGUCAAUCAUGAUUCCGUUACGUUGUUGUGUGAAAAAAUAUGAAUGGGGUAAACGUGGUAUGGAUAGUUGUAUUGCACGUUUUUUACGUAAUCAGAUGCCUUCCUAUACAGUUGAUGAUGAUACACCGUUUGCCGAGUUAUGGAUGGGAACUCAUCCAUCUGGGCCUUCAGUUGUUGUAGGAUCAACACCAGAUCAGAAUAAUAUUACCUUGUUGAAUUUCUUAAGUAAUUAUCCGGAAUAUGCCGGUAAUGUUCGUGUUGUAACAAAAUUUGGCAAAAAUCUUCCCUUUUUAUUCAAAGUAUUAUCCGUACGAAAAGCUUUGUCCAUUCAAGCACAUCCUGAUAAAGCUUUAGCUGAAAAACUUCAUCAUGAUGAUCCAUUUCAUUAUCCUGAUGCUAAUCAUAAACCAGAAUUGGCAAUAGCUUUAACUGAAUUCGAAGCAUUAUGUGGAUUUCGUCCACAUGAAGAAAUUGAAUUCUUUUUGAACAAUGUGCCGGAAUUUAAAAAUGUUGUCGGUACUGAUGCUGCAAAAACAUUUUCCGAAACUGCGGAUAAAAAACAAGGUCUUAAAGAUAUGUUUACAUCGAUGAUGAAUUCAAGUGAAAAUGUUAUCCGUGAAAAUUUAACAUCAUUACAAGCACGUUGGUAUUGGUCAAAUCAAUCGGAAAGUAAUCAACAAUUGGAAACGAUUCGAAAAGUGUUUGUCAAAUUGAACAAAGAAUUUCCCAACGAUAUAGGAUGUUUCUCCAUUUUUUGGUUCAAUUAUUUAGUUUUACAACCAGGUGAUGCCAUAUUCAUCGGUGAAGAUGAACCACAUGCUUAUUUUCGUGGUGAUUGUAUUGAAUGUAUGGCUUGCUCCGAUAAUGUUGUCCGUGCUGGAUUGACACCAAAAUUUAAAGAUGUUAAAACACUUUGCAAUAUGUUAACAUAUAAUAGUCGUGCACCUAAAGAACAACAUUGUCAACCAAUGGUGGUGGAUAAAUUCACUAAAUCAUAUAUUGUACCAGUGCCGGAAUAUGUUGUCGAUGCAAUCGAAAUUGGCCAAGAACAUAUUUCAGCAACAUUUCAAUAUCAAUUGGAUGCAAAAGAAAGUGGCAGUGUUGUUGUUGUUAUACGUGGUGAAGCCAAAGUACAAGAUCAGAAAAUAUUUACCGGUUAUGUUGGUUUCAUACCGGCACAAACUAAAUUGAUUAUUUCGGAUGUUAAAAGUCCAUUGUUAAUAUAUCGUGCAUAUUGUCGUUUGGAUGAAUGAAUUAAUGAAUGAAUGAAUGAAUUAAUGAAUGUUUGGUCCACCACCGCCCAUAAACAAACAGAAAUCUUUAAAAAAGAUAAAAAUCUUAAAAAAUUAUUCAACAUUUUUAGGAAUAAAUAGCUAGUGAUUGAGUGAGUGUGCUUGUUUGUCAAUUAUAUAGGUUGAUUUAAAUUUCAAACACACAAAAAAAAACAAAAAAUUUGAAUUUGAAAAAUUUUUUCAUCACAGUUUU